AUGGAUUUGGUUUCACUUGAUCUCCGGGCAAAGAAACCCCAGGUCUCCUGGGGCACUGAACAAAAGGUGUACCUGUGCUGUCUAUUUCGGUUCUUCGAAAGGGAGAUGUCGCUCUAUAAGCAAGUAUUCGAUCUCGAAUUUCAGACGGAGCCUGAUACAUGGGGAUUUCCAAACGGCGUACCAUCAAGCAGACUUGACACCCGAUGGACAGACAUGCGGUCGAGAGGGGACCCUAUAUGGGGCUACGUUCACUUAUCCCCCUUCGAUAUGAAUGGACAGUGGGGUUCUGUCGUCGAAAGAAUUCAAAUUGCUGCGGAAACUCUAGGUAUCCGUCUUGAAAGAAAGACGGCGGACGACAUCGAUGUUUCGAGAUUCACCCCGACAUCUAGACUGACACUCUCGCAACAGCAAGUCGUGGGAAUGACUGAAGAGCAGACUUCAAGCUCUCCCAGGAAACGCCCCGAUAACUUCCCGGUCGAUAAUUUACCCCCGUCGAAGCGUCGUGAGCCAGAGAAGCUUUGCACUGGAGGUGGCAAAAAGUGCCUCUGGUGUUCAUUCCAUCAGCUGGAGUCAGAGGACGCCUCUGCUGCCGCUUUGCGAACCGAGUUGCCCACGCUUCUCUACAGGUGGUCCAAUGUCGACACCCAAGGCGUCAAUACCAGAAAGCUAUAUCUCUCUGGACUCGCUGCCGAAGCUGAAUAUUUCUCGCCUAACGAUAUCUCGGCGGAAGAAUUUAAGAGCUUUCUGUCCCGACAUGUUCACAUCGACAAAGUCCCGUCUCCCUUUAUUUCGACCAUGAUGUCCUUGUUGGCGCCUCUACAUCGAGGAAUCAGAAGCAAAGAUACAGCGAUUGUCUCUAUCAUCGACCCGAACAAGUUGGGCACAGAGUCCCCCGUGUUUUCCGCGAAAGAUCUUAUGCGCAGGAUCAGCCUGAAAGUUAACGGGUAUUACAAUGGCACGGGAGAAUACCUAGUCUGGUGGAAAAUCCCUGCCUCUGCAAUUAUCUGUUCCUUCAAAGUUAGCGACCUUAUGCAUAUAGCUCAGGACUGGCCAGCUAUUCUUGAACUGAUGCAAUUCGAUACGAUUGCCGCCACUCAAGGAAUCCGCGGAGGGCUACGGCGUAAACUAGCCAGAGGACCCGGAGCAGUGAACAUGGACACUGGAAUCUUGAUUGGGAGACUGCUUUGCCUACUUCACAUUCCCUACGAAUACGCCCCUCUUGUCGGCGAAGGGAUCAUAUACUCGUGGACAAUGAAGCGACAUGGGCUGUGGAGGAAGUUCGAAGAGGGAAUCGAUCGUGGGUAUCAAGGUUGUCAGAAUCCUCUGGUUCACUCCAUGGACACUGCGCAGGAAGAACCCGAGGUCCUGGAUGAUAACUCCCACGAAGUCAUGAGCAUCUCCAGCGGCGCCUCUGGGACCGUCAGAAGUGAUUCGCCUUCCCCGCAACAUCCGACUGUGUCUGUCGAGAUCUUCAACCAGAGAACGCAGAGCUGGGUCGACCAGCAUUUGGCCAGAAGUUCACCUGAAGAACCUGUGCAUCAAGGACUCAGUGCGGCUGACGACGACAUCGACUGCCUCUCAAUUUCCGACACAAAUGAAGACAAAACUAGCGAAAACGACGAGCAGGUGCCGCAGGACUUGUUUGAGAUUGGCCGAGCGCGCAUCAGAGAACUGUUGGGAUCACGCUGA